AGGAGAAGGAGAAAAAGGCAGAAGGAAGGGAAAACCCCUACGGAGAAAUGCCUCCUUCCGGACCGCCGACCCCUGCAAGGCACCUACUGUUGGAAGACCUGGAGCCAGAUCCAUCUCUCCACCUUCCUCUCCUCUCUGCAGCAUCCCUCCUCCUGCUCAGCCAAUCACCUGCCGUGGAGUGUGAACAUGUGAGCAACAGCUACCAAUAGCUCUCCACCAGGCACCGGCAAAAAGAGGGGAGGUGUCUCUCCUCCUCCUCUCUGUGAGUCAGACGGUGUGUCUGGAGGAGAGUCGAUGGAUGUGAAGGAUCCGUCUAACGAGCUGAGACACGUUUCCUCUUCAUCUUCACUCGUAGAUCAGAGGCUGCUGCUCUGUCUUCAAUCUCCACUGCUUCCCUCCCUCUGCUGGAGAACACAGGGUGAAUGAAUGGGGAGGCGAUGGAGGGGAACCCGGCACAGGAGCAGCAGCAUGCCGGUAACGGCACCCACCUCCCUCCCCCUCCCACUAUCACGCCGGCCAUCCCUCCCUACGUGAAGCUGGGUCUAACCAUCGCCUACACCAUCUUCUACUCGCUGCUCUUCGCUUUUGUCUACGCCCAGCUCUGGCUGGUGCUGCGAUACCGACACAAGCGCUUCAGCUACCAGACGGCCUUCCUGUUCCUGUGUCUGCUGUGGGCCGCCCUGCGAGCCCUCCUGUUCUCCUUCUACUUCAGAGACUGUGUAACGGCCAACGCACUUGGACCUUUCGCCUUCUGGCUGCUCUACUGCUUCCCCGUCUGCCUGCAGUUCUUCACGCUCAGCCUCAUGAACCUCUACUGCGCACAGGUUUACUUUAAGGCAAAGUCCAAGUAUUCACCUGCACUGCUCAAGUACAGACUUCCUCUGUACCUGGUCUUCUUGGGUGUCAGUCUUCUCUUCCUGGUGGUUAAUCUAGUCUGUGCUCUGCUUGUCAAAAUGACUGCUGCUGACGUCAAGACCAUCGUCCUGGUGAGGGUUACCAUCAAUGACAGCCUGUUCGUCCUCUGUGCUAUCUCACUGUCCGUCUGCCUCUACAAGGUUGCCAAGAUGUCGCUGGCUAACAUCUACCUGGAGUCAAAGGGGACAUCGGUCUGUCAGGUGACUCUGAUUGGCAUCAUGGUGGUGCUGCUAUACGCGUCUCGGGCCUGCUACAACCUGGUGGUGCUCGCCCUCACCGACAUCGAGACCAUCAACUCUUUCGACUAUGACUGGUACAACGUCUCAGACCAGGCGGACUUGCGGUCAUCGCUGGGAGAUGCUGGUUACAUUGUGUUCGGGGUGAUUCUAUUCGUCUGGGAGUUGCUGCCCACCUCAUUGGUUGUCUUCUUCUUUAGGGUCCGACGGCCUCCUCAGGAAAGGAGCACUGCUGGGAUACCAAACCACGUUCUCUCCUCCAGAGGAUAUUUCUUUGACAACCCUCGUCGGUACGACAGUGACGAUGACCUGGCGUGGAGCAUUCCUCCCCAGAAUGCAUCAGCAAGUCUUUCCUCCGACUGUUAUGACUGGGGAAGCCGCCACAGCAGCUUCACUGUGCACACCAACAGCGAUGAACAGCGUCUGACUGCUACUGCUGCCACUGGAGAGCUCCACCCUUACCCAUAAUUCCACUUUUCACUGUACAGCAUCACUCUGCACUUUGACACCGAUCAGUUAUUGUGUUUCUUAUCACUGAUGUACCAGUUUAUAGUCACCGUAUAGAAUUUAGAGAAGAUGUCCUACAGGGUUCCUACACAGGUCAUAAUUAGGUUGUUCGUCAUUCUCAGCUGAUGUUAAUACUUUAAGAUGUUAAUACUUUAGCCCGUUAAAUUCAAAUGAAACAAUAUGUUCACGAUGACCGACACACCACUAUUAGACACUGGAUCUUUAAAUGCUCAUUAAUGAACACGCACACAGAGGGAAACUAAAAAUACAAGAAAGCCUAAAAGUCUCUUGCUGUUUCUGUGUUAGUUAUGGAGGUAUAAUAAUGUUUACCCUGUUCACCAUCUUACUUUAGCAUGCUAACAUUUGCUAUGCAGUAAUGUCUUCAGUUUUGCGGGUUUUGGUAAUAAAUUAAAUUAAAUUGUUGACCUGAUGAUGGCACUAGAUGAGUUACUCAUCA